AUUUAAUUAUGAUCACAGAUGUUAUUAACAUAUAUAGUUCUUAUCACCCAAUACUCUACAUUGAAGAAGGCUGAUCUACGCUGAGAAAUAUCUUCAAAUCAACACAGAUGUACCACAAUUGCAACAUGUCAAUUGUGAGAAGAAGCGAUCACGACUGCUACGACCACUACGAGUUGAAAGACUACAACAAGUUAUUCAAAUGCGACGGCUGCAAGAUGAAAGGCUUCGGCCCGCGAUACCACUGCGCUCCAUGUGGCCGUGAGCUCCACAAAGAGUGCAGACACCCAAAGUCCACCAUUCACCAUGACUACUUUGGGGGCUCCAUUUUCACCUUCCGUCGCGAACCCUACACCAAACUCGUCAGCCAUAACCGUCGACAAUUUUCCAAAUGUUGUGACGCUUGUGGAAAGGAUGUAUGCGGCUUCAGCUACCGCUGCGAGGAAAACGACAAAGACUUGCACCCCUGCUGUGCCAACCUUGAGGAGAAGCUGCUCAUCGACAACACCAUUUUCAAUCUUCAGUCCGAUGUUUCCUCCAAGUGCAUCCGAUGCAAGAAGAAGAAGAUUACUGACGGAGCAAGAGACGUACGAGGGUGGUCAUACGUCUCAGCAUGCGGUAAGUACCAUUUCCACGUGUAUUGCAUGGCUGAAUUGGUGCACGAUGCAUGCAUGAGGUAUGGUGAGGUUGGACCGGGAACUGGUGAGCUUGCUAGAUCUAGCAGAGGCAGGGGGAGUCGUGCUCAAAAGAUGCUUCAGAUGAUCAAAUCGGUCGUCAAAAUCAUUUUGGCUGCUCUUUUGGGAGAUCCUACCAUGCUUAUAUCCAAUGUCAUUGUCGACUUGGUGUCGCGUGGUGUCUAGGGCUAUUGAUUCAUAUGCAUCGAGUAGUGGACAAAAAAUGAGUCAUGAUGUGUUUGAGUGAUUGCAACUAUUUUUCUAUUUUGUGUUAUUUGAAUUAGUUAUCCAAGGCUUUUAGAUUUGGAGGCUUUUCUGAUUUUCCUAAAGUAUUUUACUUAUACAGUGGCGUGGAUUGUAAUGAACAAUUAUCAUUCGUAUUGUACAAUUUUUUAAUAGAAGCCAUAUUUAUGUAGAA